UUAACCUUGAUAAGACAUUAUCUAAACUUUGUCCAAACGGUAUUGAUAUCUACUUUGAAAACGUCGGCGGUGAAACAUUGGAGGUAGUCCUAAAUCAUUGCAAUCGCUUUGCUCGCAUACCAAUUUGUGGUAUGAUAUCACAAUAUAAUAUUACGAAUCCAGAAGAGAAGUAUGGAGUAAAAAAUUUAGAAUUGGUCUUUCAUAAAAGUAUUUGUAUUCAAGGAUUUCUUGUAUCGGAUUAUUAUGGAAAUCAAGUUGAAAAAGAUUUUGAAAGGGAUAUGUUAGAAUGGGUUAAAUCCGGUAAAAUCAUUUGUAAAGAAAAUAUUAUCGUGGGAAUCGAAAAUGCUGUAAAAGGUUUUAUUGAUAUGUUCGCCG